AUGGAUAGAGAUGAUGUUUUAUCUCUCGACCUGCGCUUACCAGAAGUUCUACCUGCAGCGGCCAGCUUCCAUCCCUCGCCACUUGAUCGGCAACAGCGAGAAAAGCUUUUCAGCCAAUGCUUCGAGGUCGAUGACGCUACAGGUCUGUCAGCAGACCUUUCGAAGUGGUUCUUGGGCGCACCGAUCACCGCUAUCGGAAGGGACAACAUGAAGGAAUGGCUACGAUGGGCCUUUCUCAAUGCAGACAUGGACGAUCCCAUGAUGAACGAGGAACUCGACUCAUACAUUACCCGACUCGAGGUGAAACUCAGCAUGAGCUUUCAACCAGGCAAGUCUGACGUAAAGAGCAUACGACUGACACUGGACAAAGUCAACGCAUUCCACCGGAGCAUGACUUGUGCAUUUUCGUGGUCGAUACCUUUAACACAUCUCUACCUGCGUUUCAAUGGCUUCCGUUUCUACCGGGGCUCGGUCAUGCAUACUGCAAGUAUCCUCCCUCCACGACCACAAGCAAUAAUUGCCGCACGUACGUCAAAGGGUACUGAUAUCAGCUACUGGUACCAUCGUCACACCGCGCGCAAAGAGCUACCGAUAUUGUUUGUCCAUGGCAUCGGUGUCGGCUUGUAUCCAUACAUGCAAUUCCUAAAAGAAUUGAACCAGGAUCGCACGCUUGAGGAGGGACAAAUAGGGAUCCUUGCCAUCGAGAUCUUGCCCAUCUCGUCUCGAAUCACGCGUCCACUGCUAGGACGAAACGAGCUGUGUCAGCAGCUCCGAUCUAUCCUACAAUAUCAUGGCUUUGAGAAAUUCACACUGGUGUCGCAUUCGUACGGGUCGGUCAUCAGCACGUACCUCCUCAAAAUGGACGAUAUUGCGCGCCGGGCCUCCUCGGUAAUUCUCGUGGAUCCCAUCACCAUCCUCUUACACCAACCUGACGUCGUAUACAAUUUUGUGACAAUUCCCACGCUUCUGCUCUGA